UUGCAGUGUCGUGGCAACGAGGAAAUUGUCCUCAUUACCGACACGUGCGACUAUCUUAUCUGCAAUCGACGCAGCUUAGUCGAUUUGAGAAAUCUUCCAGCAGAGCCGUCAUUGUCGGUUGGACGUGACUUGGCAACGUCUCGAGCCACAGCUCUCUGA